UCGUGAUUUAAAAGAUUUAAAAAGAAAUAUAACGAGACGUCUUUCCGCAAUACUCAAAUAUGACAGAGUUGCUCGUGCCGAUGACGAUGUCAACGGAGAGAAUAAGCGCCGCAAUACUGGCAGACAAGCCAGAACCAUAGCAAGAAGUGAGCGCUCCUGCGUGGCUCGUUCCGUUUGCCGCUGGCUUGUUUUGUUCGUUUUGCGAUUCGGCCACUGGUCGGCGUAAGAAGUUUCCAAUCUGUGUCCUGGGGUGGUGAGAAACAAAGCCACUAUCAGCGGUCGGCGCGGCGGAGACGAACAAUACAAGCGAUCGCCGCCAGAUAACCCUGCGUGCCCACGACGGCGGUGGACGCGAGCCGCUCACUGAGCGCACAGCAAUGCGACGGGCGGGAGCCAAAGCUGAGGACGGCAUACGGUUCCGCUUCAAGCAGCAGUACACGCCAGAGCAGAGGAAGCAAGAGGCGGACGCUAUCCUCCAGAAGUACCCGCAACGUAUUCCUGUGAUCGUCGAGCGGGCGCCCAACUCGCACGUUCCUUCCAUCGACAAGCAGAAGUUCCUGGUGCCCAAUGACAUCACGGUGGCGCAGUUUAUGUGGAUCGUGCGCAAGCGCAUCCAUCUCUCGCCGGAGAAGGCACUCUUCGUCUUCGUUGGCCGGCUUAUGCCCCAAUCCAGCCUCAGCAUGGGAGACCUAUACGCCACGUACCACGACGAAGACGGCUUCCUCUACCUCGCCUACAGCGGCGAAAACACGUUCGGCGGCCUACGCUCCGGAGCAAGUGUGCCCCUACAGACUUGAACUGUCGUGCCUGCGUGCCUCGUAGCGCGCGCUGCUCGUCCCUAUGGUUCGCGGUGCACACUCAGCGGCCGCCUCAAUUUUAAAACAAUACUCCCGCGUACUCUUCUGUGGCGGCGUUUUUCUCUUUUUUAACUCUUGUGUCGUCGGAACCCCUUGUGCAUCCCCUAUAAAACGACGUCAAAGUAUAGCAGCUUCCCGCAAAUAAAAUCAGCUCUUAAAGAAUGUAUGUGCUCGCGGGUUUCGAUCGCUGCGUGUCGCGCAAGCAAGAGGCAGUGACCAUGAAGUGUUUAGAACCGCGCCUACCGGGCUCGUACCUCGGUGCUCUCAGUGCUGUAUUUAAACUUUGACCAGCCAUGUCAGUUUGCAAGCUUGAACAUGCUGUCGGCUGGCUCCAGAUUGCACCAGGCGAAACAACGUGUCGCGGUUCCAGGCUUUCGGUCACCAUUCCUUUCAAAGCAUCCGUGGCUUCGCAAUUCUUUUUUUUUUUUCGCCCACAUGGAAGAGUGCGCGCGCCAUAUUCAGUGUUAUGUGCUCAUUUGAAGCUUACGUCGCGUACGCAGCGUCUCAGAUUUAUUGACACCGUUUCCGUUCUGCCUUUGCGAACAAUUGAAGUGCGCUAUAGAUUCAAGUGUGCUAUACAUACCAUGUGUCCCGUCUGCCACUUUUUCCGCAACGCCACUAAAAUCAGUAUUAAAACACUCGCUAAACACUGGUGACAAGUGUUCAAUGAAUCUUGGCUAAAAAUGUUCUCACAAAUGACAGAAAAGAUCUGGGCUAGAUGUGUAGGUUUUUCAACUAUACAUGAACAGAAGUGCAGGGUUCGAUUCCGUCUACUCAUUUCCCUUAUUUCGAACGCGUAGUCAUUUAUGCAAUGGUUUUAAUGUGAAUACUCGACAAGGAUUCAACUUUUGUUCAUUUUUAUUUGUUUCGGAUGUGAAUGGUGCUUGAGAAAUAAAGAGUGCGACC